AUGGUCCUGCGGGGAACGAAACUAGAUGGAAUGAAAUGUGGCUGUUGCUUUCCGGCCCAAAUCGGGUAUGCCUUCCGCCGAAAUUGCGGCAAAGUUCCUUACUUCCACAACAUUUCCUUAUCUCUGUACGAUAUGACUUCUUUCCAUAGCUUCGGACUGGCCUGGGUACUCAAGGGCCGGUUCACGGCGCCGGUGCUAUCAGCGUGCUAUGAAAGCAGAGCUCACCGCACCUCCUGUCGGCCAUUUAUUGAAGAGGGCGUUCACAAUUUCAAAGUGUUGAGGUACUUCGUAACGACAGCUUCUCCCGACUUCACCUCCUACCACCCGUAUUUAGGAGCCUCAUUCAAGAUAGAAGCCUGUAUCUUUUUGGGGCUGUUCCCAAUUCUAGCAACAGAUAAACUGAACCAGAGGCAUCGACGCGCUUCAAGACUUCGACAUCUCGUCUGUCUUGUUUUCUUUCCCUUCGCUAAUUCUUGA